AUGAAGUUCCUUCUUCUACCUUGCCUUCUGGCAAUUUCUGCCUUUGGCUAUGUUCUUGUGGAUAACUUGAAAGUCUCCGCUGGUGUCGAAAGAACCCUGAAAAUGGCCGCUGAAAUGCGAAGGGGCUUGGGAGAAGGAAAGGAGGACGUCUACGGCCAGUUCACCGACUUCAUUGUCAAGUAGGCUCAGAGAAAUUGGAUGAGUCUGAAUUGGUACUUUCAGGUUCGAGCGGGAAUACAAGGAUGAGCAAGAAGUUGCCCAACGAUUUGAAAUCAUCGAGAAAUCGUUGAAGAGAAUCGCUGAGUUACAAAAGCAAAGUCCAACCGCCCAAUUCGGAUUGACCAAAAUGGCGGAUCUUUCCGAGGAAGAAUUCGGUCGAAUCGCCAACCUUAAAGUCCCAGCAAGAAAUGAGGACGAAGAACAAGGCAAGCAUAACAUAACAAAGCCAUCAGUGAUCAUAAUGUUUUAGACUUUCUUCAACUGGAUAUAUCCGAAGAAGAUCUGCCGAAAGGACAUGAUUGGCGGAAAUUGAACGGAGUCUCCAGCGUCAAGAACCAAGGCGAUUGUGGAGCCUGCUUCGCCUUUGGCACUGUCGGCGCCAUCGAAAGUCAGUGGCGGAUCAAGAGAAACAAAAGUCUCGACUUGAGCAUAGAACAGAUUCUGGAAUGCACCUACAACAACCCCAAGUACGGAGAUUAUGGAGGCUGUCAAGGAGGCUUGUUGGAUGGGGUAUUUCGAUACGUAAUCGACAAUGGAAUCACUGAUGAAAAACAUUGGCCAUACGAUCCUGAAUGGCACAACAUGGGAGCAUGCCAGAAAGAGCCAAAAGUAGCUACGUUGACUAGUGUCAAGAACAUCACAAGAUUCAGCGAUGUUGAGUUGCAGAAGGCCGUCUACAGCAUUGGGCCUGUCACUGUUGGUAGGUUAUAUAUUAUAUAUAUAUACAUAUAUAUAAUAGAUAUAUAUAUUUCCACAACCAAGAUUUUUUACCUUUUCAGCGAUUGACGGACGUUUCGUUCAAUUCUACAAUGGCGGUAUUAUUUCGGUCGAACAUCAAGAGUGGCAUCUUAGUCAUGCUGUUCUGGUGGUUGGCUACGGAGUGGAGAAGGACGUUCCAUACUGGAUUGUCAAGAAUUCAUGGGGGGACGGGUAUGGAGAACAGGGCUACUUCCGUGUUUACCGCGGAAAUAACACCAUUGGAAUCACGGAAAUGCCCGAGGCUGCUAUCCUCUAA